AUGGGCAACAUUUUCCUUGCCAAAGCAAUCCAUCCCGAAUUUGUGGCUAGUUGCAAGUAUCUCGGUACCAUAGGAAAUUCGCGGCCAGUCUAUAUCUACGAGAUGGAGCAUCAUCCUGGGACUGCUCACAUAAUGGCGCGCAUUCCUCCAGACGAUAUGUCCCGACAGCGUAACACUAUUAAGGACUUUGCAAGGUUCUUUGCACAGUCAUGGAAUAACGACCUACGGCCAGGCUCAGAUGCAACUGCAACCUUGCUUAUGGAGUUUCAAACAAGUUUUGGCCUUCUUGCUCGAAACAUGCCAUCUCGCUUUGCACCGAACCUAGAAAGGGUCCGCAAGGAGCUCCCGUCUGUCUUCUCAAAAGCCCUCCCCUUUGUUCUUAGCCACGGUGACCUUAACGAGAUGAAUCUCCCCGUCAAUCCCAAAAGCGGAAAUAUCACAGGGAUUGUCGACUGGGCUGAAUCAAGGAUUCUGCCGUUCGGCUUCGCCCUAUACGGGCUUGAGAACUUUUUGGGCCGGAUGGAUUCAGAAGGGUGGCACUACUACGAUCGCUACCACGAACUCGAGAGCCUCUUCUGGCAAACCUUUCGAGAGGAGGCUCAUAAUUUCUCUGACGCUGAUUGUAUUUGA